AUGACGGAUCUAGCGCCCGAUGGUAGAAAAAAGGGAAGUCGAGUCUGGACUGAUGGAUGCUAUGACUUACUUCACUACGGACAUGCAAGCCAAUUGCGUUUCGCCAAGCAAUUUGGCAAAAAAUUAAUCGUGGGCGUUUAUAAUGAUGAAGAGAUUGAAUUGAAUAACGGAUUGACAGUUUUUGAAGAAGAAGAUCGUUAUCGAAUGGUAUCAGCGAUUAAAUGGGUAGACGAGGUUGUUGAAGAUGCUCCAUAUAUUACUAGUGUGGCAAUUUUGAAUCAGCUUGAUUGCGACUUUUGCGUGCCCGGAGACAAUACCACUCAAUUCGAUGACGGUAAAGAUACGUAUGAAGAAGUUAGGAAAUCAGGCCGCUAUCGUGAGGGUAAACAUACCAAUGAUUUUGUUUCAAGAAUUCUUCAAAGCACCAAAACUCAUUUUAUGAAGGAUAACGAUAUCGACGAGUUGAAAGCAAAAAUCAAAGAGCUUAGUAUGGACAGCGGGGUUCGCUCGCCAUGGACUCGUGUUUCCCGAUUCAUUUCAUCAACAAAGCAAAUUCAAGAACUUGCUGAGGGUCGUGAGCCAAGACCAACCGACAAGGUAGUUUAUGUAUGCGGAGCUUUUGAUUUAUUCCACGUUGGUCAUUUGGAAUUUCUAGAAGAGGCUAAAAAACUUGGAGAUUACCUUAUAGUUGGUGUCUUUGGUGAUGAGGAAGUGAACAAGAAUAAAGGUGGCAACUACCCAAUUAUGAACUUGCGUGAACGCGUUCUCGGUGUCUUGGCGUAUAAACCGGUCGAUGAAGUGCUCAUUGGUGCUCCAACAGUUAUACAUGCUGAUUUGCUGAAUCGCUUUAAAAUUAAGAUUGUCGCUGAAGGAACUGUUGAAUCAGAAUAUCUAGAGAAGGAUGACCUCUAUGCUGAGUCAAAACGCCGUGGUAUCUAUACUACAGUAGAUUCUGAAAGCGGCAUGACUACAAGUUGUGUCAUUGAGCGAAUUAUCGAAUGCAAGAACCUAUUGCUGCGAAACGUUUGA